AUGUUUACAGUAACUAAAGAUUUUAUGAAUAAAGAAGCGCCACCAAAUUAUGUGGCAGGACUUGGUAGAGGUGCUACUGGGUUUACCACCAGAUCAGAUAUAGGUCCCGCAAGAGAAGGACCAGCUGACUUUAGCACAGCAUAUCAAAAGCCGAGUAUAACAAAUUGUGAUGUAUUACAAAAGAAAGCACAACAGGAUGAAGAUGACGACGAUGAACGUUUUCAGGAUCCCGACAAUGAAACUGGGCUUUUUGCAUCAGCGCCGUAUGAAGAAGAUGAUGAAGAAGCCGAUAAAAUAUAUGAGGCAAUUGAUCAAAAGAUGGACGAGAGAAGGAAGGCACGGAGGGAAGCACGUGAAAAGGAAGAAUUAGAAAAAUAUCGUGCUGAAAGACCGAAAAUACAACAGCAAUUCGCUGAUUUAAAGAGAGGUCUGGCUAUUGUUACUGAUUCUGAAUGGGCUAAUCUUCCCGAAGUUGGUGAUCUUGUCGGUAAAAAUCGCAAGAAAACGAAUUUACGUGAAAGGUAUUAUGCUGUUCCAGAUUCAUUGCUAGAGAAAGCAAGAGAAGAAAACCAAUAUGUCACAUCUCUUGAUGCACAGCAACAAAAAUAUGGCGGUUUUCAAACUCCAGCUCCAGAUUCAGGAAUGAUGACCAAUUUCAUUGAAAUUGGUCAAGCAAGAGAUAAAGUGCUAAGUUUGAAACUGGAUCAAAUCUCCGAUUCAGUGAGUGGACAGACAACAGUUGAUCCGAAAGGCUAUCUAACAGAUUUAAAUAGCGUGGUCAUCAAGAGCGACGCAGAAAUUGGAGAUAUCAAAAAAGCGCGAUUACUAUUAAAAUCUGUUAUAUCAACAAAUCCGAAGCAUGCGCCCGGUUGGAUUGCCGCUGCUCGUCUGGAAGAAGUUGCUGGCAAAAUGGCACAGGCUCGUUCUAUUAUUGCCAAAGGCUGUGAAGAAUGUCCAAAAAGUGAAGAUGUUUGGCUUGAAGCGGCUCGUCUUAAUAAUGCGGAUACAGCGAGAACUAUAUUAGCUAAUGCUGUCCGUCAUUUACCGCAGUCUGUAAAAAUCUGGCUUCAAGCUGUAAAAUUGGAGACAGACACCAAAGGACAAAAACGUGUUCUCAGAAGAGCACUUGAAUUUGUACCUAAUUCCGUAAAACUAUGGAAAGCUGCCGUCAACAUGGAAGAAAAUCCGGCAGAUGCACGUAUUUUACUUACGCGAGCUACUCAACUGGUGCCUCUUUCUGUAGAGUUAUGGCUUGCUCUUGCCCGACUUGAAAGCUACGAAAAUGCUAAAAAAGUGCUCAAUAAAGCACGAAGUGAAAUACCUACAUCACAUGAAAUCUGGAUAGCAGCUGCUAGACUUGAAGAACAAGAAGGAAACGAGAGAAUGACCGACAAGAUUAUUGUGCGUGCUGUAAGUGUGCUCUCUGAAAAAGGCAGUGUUCUAGGCCGCGAUCAAUGGCUCCAAGAAGCUGAAAAAUGUGAAAGUGAAGGUAGUAUUGGCACUUGCCAGGCUAUAGUACGAAAUACAAUUGGUAUGAAUAUUGAAGAUCAGGAUCGAAAAGCUACUUGGAUGGAGGAUGCAGAAAGCUGCGUUUCUCACGGUUCAAUAGAAACUGCGAGAGCCAUUUAUGCUCAUGCUCUCAAAGUAUUUCCUGGUAAAAAAUCAAUAUGGCGGAGAGCAGCAUUUUUGGAAAAGUCUUAUGGCACAAGGGAAUCAUUGGAGGAACUAUUACAGCGUGCUGUUAGAUUUUGUCCACAAGCAGAAGUUCUUUGGCUUAUGGGUGCGAAAGAAAAAUGGCUAGCGGGUGAUGUUGAUGGUGCACGUGCUAUUCUGAUGGAAGCUUUUCGAGCUAAUCCGAAUAGUGAACAAAUUUGGUUGGCUGCUGUUAAAUUGGAAGCUGAGAAUGGUGAAUAUGAAAGAGCAAGGAUGUUGCUGCAGCGAGCGCGAGAACAAGCAGGCACUGAAAAGGUUUGGAUGAAAUCGGCCGUAUUAGAGCGACAACUUCACAAGACCACGGAAGCAUUAGCAAUGAUUGAAGAAGCUUUAAUUGAGUAUCCGACAUUCGAUAAACUAUGGAUGAUUAAAGGGCAAAUUGAAGAAGAUAAAGGCGAUAUUCCCGCCGCCAGAUUAACGUACAGCAAUGCGCUCAAAAAUUGUCCUAAAUCUAUUACUUUAUGGAUUUUGGCUUCGCGAUUGGAAGAGAAAGCAGGCUUAAUAAUUAAAGCAAGGUCCACUCUUGAAAAUGCUCGAAAGAUAAAUCCAAAGAUUCCAGAAUUAUGGUGUGAAGCGGUAAGAGUAGAACUCCGAGGCAAUAAUACCAAUAUGGCAAAAAAUUUAUUAGCAAAAGCCUUGCAACAAUGUCCACAUUCGGGUCUUCUUUGGUCGGAAGCCAUUUUCAUGGAACCUCGACCACAGCGAAAAAGCAAAUCCGUUGACGCAUUAAAGCAAUGCGACAAUGAUCCAAUAGUUAUUGCAACGGUUGCACGCUUAUUUUGGUUUGAAGGGAAAGUUGAGAAAGCGAGAACGUGGUUUGAAAAGGCUAUUAAAGUGAAUCCUGAUUGGGGUGAUUCCUGGGCUUGGUUUUACAAGUUCGAAUUGCAACAUGGCACUGAGCAACAUCAACAAGAUGUUAUAUCACGAUGCGUUGCAGCGGAGCCUCAUCAUGGUGAAAAAUGGCAAGUCGUUGCUAAAGAUAUUAAUAACGUUAGGAAAAACACUGAAGAAAUUCUAAAGAUAGUUACGAAUACUCUAUAA